AUGUCAACGUCGUCAACUUCUUCGUACAAUGCCGGCGGUUACGGCGAGGCUCUCACCAGUCAACCGAGAUCUGCGAAGGCCUGCACCAACGGCGGAAUGGAUCUGAGCUAUGUGACGGAACGAAUCAUCGCCCUCUGGUUUCCGGAGACAUGCGGACAAAGGGCGUUCCGGCAGGGCCAGCAGCAGGCGUCUCAUAUGCUCGUUAAGAAGUACGGCGACAAUUACAUGGUGUUUAACCUCUCUGAGCCGAAGAGGACGUUGCGGAGCGAACACAAACACGUUCAAGAUGUUGGGUGGUCUCCAAGAUUAGCACCACCACUCGAGACAAUAUGCAGCGUCUGUAAGAAGAUCGAAUCAUGGUUAUCGCAUGAUCAACAUCGCAUUGCCGUAAUACACGCUAGGGGAAGCAAGGAUCGUUUGGGGGUGAUCGUCGCCGCUUACAUGCACUACUCCAAUAUCUGCGGAAACGCGGAGCAAGCCCUCGACCGUUUCUCCAUGCGCCGUUUCCUCGAGGAUAACAUCGGCCCUCUGCAAUUGCCCUCGAACAAACGAUACGUCGACUAUUUUGCCGGAUUGCUGUCUCACAAUAUCAGGAUCAACUCGGCUCCGCUCUAUCUCACCCACGUCACCGUUCUGGGAGCGCCGAAUUACCAGAACGGCGGUUGCGAAGCUUUCCUGAAACUGUACGAAGGACAUACGGCAAUCUACACUUCGGGUGUGUAUUCGGUGUCAAGAGGAAUCAAACAGUUCACAGUAAAUGUGGCUGGAAAAGGUCCUUUAGGAUUAGAGCUACGAGGGGAUAUUCUUCUGAAAUGCUAUCAUCGCGGUAAAAACCACAGGGAGACGAUUUUCACGUGCCAAUUUCAUACUGGCGCCGUGGCAGAUUACACGCUGAGCUUCUCACGGCAGGACCUCGAUGGCGCAUGCAAUGAUCCGCGGUUUCCGAACGACGGAGCAGUCGAGUUGCAUUUUUCGCCAGGACCUCAGAGCAGACAUCCCGGACCUGCCCCAACUCCAGCCAUUCCCAUCGACAUCACCGAUGGUCCAAUUACUAGAAGCGACAGUCCUUUCGAAAUUGAAGACAGCGACGACGAGGAGGAUUCCGAUUCCGACGAGGUGAAUCACACGUUUGGUCCUUUGGAUGGGAGUAUUUACGCAACUAUAGCUAAGAAACAAGAGCUGUCGCCCGGAGCCGUCUCCAGCCCCCUGACUGUGUCAAUGGAUUCAGGAAUAUCUUCUGCAGGACACCAGCAGAACGCCAACACAAACGCCUCUGCAAGUCCCCCACUGACGGGCCAGCCGUCCCCCCUAUCGCCCGAGGAUCAGCAUCGAGAGCUCGACGAGCUCCUCUCAGAUAUGAUGCUGACAGUCCAAAGUAUUCCAGACCUGAAACCGACGUCAGCCAGUUUAUCUUCGGAAUCUACUGUUCGUUUCAUCGACGCCGACGAGGACGAGAUAGACAGCAAGUCUAUCCCGUACCACGCGAGGGUAGACAGCAGACCGUUCACAUACGGCGUAGAAGCAACGAUGAUAGGGGAAGCGAAGAAACUUUCCAGCCCUAGUCUCGUGAGGAAGGCCAGCUUCAAUCGCAGCCGCGAGGGUGUACUCAACAAAGUUCAAACACAAGUCUUCCCAUCGGAGUACAAAUAUUAUGAAGACCGUGAGCGAGAUGCGAUCGAUGAUAUAUUUACGCAAUCCGCCUUAAACUCAUCUGGAUAUGAGAGGGAAACUUUGAAGAAGAUGGAGAUGAAACGUAGUUAUACUGAUUCGACUUUGAGAUCGGAGAAGAUUUCAUCUCACAGGAGCGCUCCAUUUUCUGAUCCGGAAACACCGCCAGGAAACUAUCGUCAGAAAUCGAAUGACCAUCACGACGCUGGAAACUUGACGUGGCUUCAGAAGCAACAAUUGAAAUUGAAGGAGAGAAGGGAGACCCAAUUGCGUGUGGAAAGGCAACCUUACGAAUGCGUAAUGUCUGAUCUUCGGACUACACAAUCCAGACACAUGCGUCCGACUGCAAGCCAUCGCUUGGAUGGUUAUACCAGUGACACGACAGCUUUCGCAGAUGAUGACGAUGAUUACAGAAUUCCCCUACAUAUCAACACAAAAAAUGCAGUCUCUCCAACUUCGACCACAAGCUACAACACCAUCCGUAGCGUCAGCUCCAUUAAUGGAAGAAAUGAAAGGCCAUUCAUGGCUGUUAAACGGGCACAUGAAUAUCAGAAGAGUUCUUCUGAAGCGCCAAAUCCUCUCGGCCAAGUUAUCCGGUCACCUUCCAGAGGACCGGAUGCUGUUGAUGCGGGAUUGCUGUCUCUUGUUGACCAAGAGAAUAAACAUAGGCGACACAACACCAGCAAUUCGGUGGGUAUUGAGGACACUUUACUGAGAGAGAAAUUAUCACGAUCAAAGGACGAUAGGAAUGAUGCACUUAGCGACCUCAUGGCUAAUCUCUCGCACGGUUCAGACAAAUCAAAUAACAGCUCAUCUAAUUCCUCAUCUGCAUGGCAGUAUCGAGAGGACAGCUAUUCUACUUAUCGCAGUACUGAAGUAGAUUCCAGUUCACCUCAUAGCGCCUCUUCAAGACCCCAAACACCGGCGUUCCCUGUGGCGCGGACUCCAUACGUAAAUUCCUCGACCCCAACUGUUCAAUUCGAUUUACCAGGCGAACGACUUCCACCUAAGAGUCCUACGACCAUGAGACGCCUAAGUUAUCCAACCUUGAAAACUAUUAACUCUAAGAAGCGUUUGGAACCAUCGGAUAGAAAGGACCGACCAAUUUCUCCAUCAGAAUUCACGAACGGAUCGAACGACAUAUUUCACUCCACGAUUCGCUCUUUCGAUGGGUAUAGCCCAAAAAGCCCUAGCUUCAAUGGGUCUUCAUCGCCCACAGUGUACCAGGGCAACUCUAGAAGAUCUUCAGUAAAUUCGAACAACGAACCUCCGCAAGAAGUUUCUCCGGCGCACGUCCAGUUUGUCAGCGAUUCUUCUAGGUUUUGGUACAAACCGGCGAUAUCCAGAGAAGAUGCAAUAAAUAUGUUAAGGAAUCAACCAGCUGGGACUUUCGUUGUUAGAAAUUCCAAUACUUUCCCCGGUGCAUUUGGCAUGGCUCUGAAGGUGUCCUACGUGCCAGCAAACGUGCAAAAUAAAGAUGAAUUGGUCAGACACUUUCUGAUCGAGCCGACUUCGCGCGGCGUGCGAUUGAAGGGAUGCCAAAACGAACCAGUUUUCAGCUCACUUUCAGCUCUUGUAUACCAACACUCCAUCACGCAAUUAGCGCUUCCUUGCAGAUUGAUCCUACCCGAAUCAGACAUUGGACCAACAGAGAUCCAUCAAGUGCUCUAUUCGCAAGGAGCUGCAUGCAAUGUGAUGUACCUUCACACUUUCGAUAUGGAAUCGUUGACAGGACCACAAGCAGUUAAAAAGGCAAUCAGUCAGUUGUUCAAUAUGAAACCAUUACCGUCAAGUUACACGGUUCAUUUCAAAGUCAACACUCAAGGAAUCACUCUUACCGACAAUAAGAGGAAGCUGUUCUUUAGAAAACAUUAUCCAAUUAAUAACAUUUCCUAUUGUGGAAUUGGACCUGACGAUGUCUUAUGGACUUCAGAAACCGAAGAAAAUAUUCCAAAAACUAACAGUCGAAUAUUUGGCUUCGUGGCUAGAAAACCAGCCAACAACGUGGAUAAUCAGUGCCAUUUGUUCGUGGAGAUGGACGUGGAUCAACCGGCAACGGCCAUUGUAAACUUUGUAAAUAAAGUGCUCGCAACGAGCGGAGUCAAGCCUAACAUCGUCUGAGCUUGCAGCUCUCAAAAGCGCACGUAGUUCUAAAUAAUUCUCUCGAGGAAGUAAAAUCUCACAGUAUUUAAAUUAUACCCAAAAAGAUUAAAGGAAAUGUUACGUCGCAAGAAAGCGCAACAUGAAUUAACCACAUGAAUAUAUAUACACAUAUUAUACACACACACAUAUAUAUAUAUUUAUAAAAUUAUUUUUAACUUCUGGUUCGUGUUACUAAAACAUUCUUCAUUUACUAGUCUUAUUUUAUAAUUUUUCUUCUGUUUGAUUUUUUGGAUAUAUUAUAUAUAAAUAAUUUUAUAGAUUUUAUUUUUCAAUUGCCGGGAAAAUAGUUCUUUUUGUGAAAAACAACUUGCGUUUCCCGAGUUUAUUAUAUUUUUGUUUCUUUUAUUUUAUUUUUUUUUUAUUUUGUAAAUAUAUACAUACAAGAGUGUCUAUCUUCAAAGAGAAAAAUGUUUUAUCAUUUGAUAAAUAAUAUAUUAUAUUGCAAUUUA